AUGAGGAAGAAAAUUGUGAAGGCUCCUUAUCUCCUCCUGAGUUUGUUCACAAGUUUGAAUUUGUGCUCCGGUAAAUUUGGGCAGCCCAUCACGGACGAUGUGAGGACGCUGGCUUUACUGGAGCAGAAUAUCCCCUGUGAUUAUGAGAUUCCUGUUCAAUACAUUCCCAGAGAAGUGGCUGGAAGGUGCUGGGUGGUGCUAAACAUCUAUCCUCUGGAGCAGAGUCUUCGAAAGCUGUCCGACACGUUUGGAGCCAUUUCCUCCAACAAAGACAACAUUGUGGUUUUCAUUGCCAUGCUUAAAAGUCUGCGCUUCAACUUUGACCACGAGGAGCUGGAAACAGCGAUGCAGCUCUUCCACUGUCACUAUCGGGAGGGCUCCUUCUUGACCGGUCAUUAUUUUGACUACAUUAAUGACAUUUUGAACACGGCAUCAGAGGAGACGUCCAGCUUCUCCUGCAAACCUCCUCCCUGCCUCACGUCGCACACAUCCCCAGGGAGCCAUGAAGCAGGACAUCCGAAAAACAGGACAGUUCUACUUCUGCUGCUCAUCCCUAUAUCAGCAUGUGCUGUACUCCUAGUGUGGUUGGUCAAGUCCAAAAAGCCAUCUGCAGCCUGCAACUCCGAAAAUAACCCAGCGCCACCUUCUGACACCAUCUCAAGUGUGUCUAUCUCCAUCCCACUCCAAACCAUCGCCCACCACAGAGCAGAGGAGGCCGCUCCUGGACAUCAAAGUGGGUGA